AAAUUUCGUUUUAAUUUGGUGUAAACAACAAAGAGUGAAAAAUGUUGAAAAGAUUCUUCUGCAUGAGUCUCAAUACCGCCGGCGUGGUGAUCGGCUGGUUGGGUAUUGUUGGCUCCUUAUUGGGUAUAAUUCUGCUAAGCAUAAUUUUGAAAUUUGACGAUGAUAUUGUUAAGGCUCUUGAUUUAAAGACGUCUUCUGGGGAUGAUCAAAUGCAUUUGGCAAUUGUCAUCGGAUGCAGCGUUUUCAUGGGGUUCAUUCUGCUGAACUUACCGUCAUCGGCCCUGCUAGUACUUGGCACCAAGAAGGAACGUCAUCUGAUGCUUCUGCCAUGGCUGAUUAAUUCUGCCGUCGGACUUGCCUUUAGCAUUGUUUAUCACCUGUUUGUAGUAAACUUCAUGAUCUACGCUGGCAACAAUAUCAAGACCCUUGUAGCUGCUCUGAUACAAAUUGCUCUAAUACUAGCUUUGCAAAUCUACAUUUAUAUGGCAAUCUACUCGCUGUUUAAGCAAAUUCAGCAAACAGGCGCGCAGCCGCGUCCACUGACAACUGCUACACCGGGCAUGGCUGUACCAAAUCAGGGCAAUACGUAUCCCAGCUGUACCAAAAAUUGAAAGCGAAGCAUCAGAGCAAAUGUGAACAACUUCGUUCUGCACUGGGACACUUAACACAUACAUUUAAAUACAGAUACAUAAUUACCAGAGCUGACAUUUUAGCUUUUUUCACGUCAGAUCAGGCUUUAUUUGAAGUCCUUAUGCGGAAAAAAUUCGAAAGCGGCGGGCUGCGGGAAUUCUGGC